GAGUCGGCCGUUUCAGAUGCAUCGGGCCAGAGCGACAAGGAAGCUGAAAAUCAGGACGAUGGCUACGAGCUGGACAGCGAGGAGCCGCCGUCUGAAGUUUCGGAUGCUUGCGAAGGAUCAGAAGAGGAAGCCGAGGAAGCCGCCCCGGCAUCCUCAGAUCCAGAGCCGAGCUCACCCGAGGCAUCUGAUGAUGAAGCAAGUGCUUCCUCUGCCAGCGAGGAUGAGGAGCCAGAGCUGCCGCCGCCCUCGAAGAAGGGGAAGCACACUCGCGAUGAGCGAGUGACUCCACGCAAGCUUGAGUCGCAGGAGAAGCACAAGAAGAAGGACAAAAAGAACGACAAAGCCAGGGGUACGGAGAGUGGCAAGGAGAAAAAGCAAAGGCAGAGUAGCCCGAAGAGAAAGGCUGCAGAGGAUCCCCGGGGCCCACAGAAGCCCAAGAAGAAGCAAAGGCAAAGUAGCCCGGAGAGAAAGGCUGCAGAGGAUCCCAAGGGCAAGAGCCGCAAUAAGCAUGGUGCACAGGCCGGCGGGUCUGGGACGGCCUUGUCUGAAGCAGAGCAGAAGCUUAAAGCCAUUAACAGCAACUCACACCACACGGAGUAUCUUCGGUUUGGGCGAUGGACCAGCAACAGGAAGAGAUUCCCAAAGGUGCUAAAGGACUGCCUUGCCAAUGAGUCCAGCCGAAUGAAGUUGUUCGAGGAGUAUGUGGCAGCAAAGGGCGAUGUGAAUCAAAUCAUUAUGAAACAUGAACAGCAACUUCGCGAGGCGCAACGAUCCCAGAUCAGGUACGGCUUUCGUGGAGAGAAGUGGGUCCGUGACACACAUGGGGACACCAAGGGCGAGAAGAUCAUGGAGACGAUUGCCGACCCGGAAUGUCCAGAAGAUUCUCUCUACUUUGUUUUCGUGGAAAUUAACAUCGAUGACGUUCGCGAGAUUCAGAGGAUUACGAAGCUGGAACUAGCAGGGCAACUAGACGAAGAGAUGUUGAAAGCUUUCACGGAGGCCGGAGGAAUCCUGGACUCCAGCAAGCAGCUCGCUCUGGGCAAUGGGGUCAGCAGUGAUACCGUGGGCAAGGCUUUGAAGAUGAUGGGGGGUGGAGCCCCGGCAACGGGGGCAGCGAAGGCGAAGCCCUCGAAGGGCAAGGCUGAGCCAAGCAAGGCCGCCAAGGUGGGACAGCAGAGGAAGUUUAAGUUGACAUAG